AUGAUUGUGGACUUCAGGAAGAGCACUGUCCCCCCGCCCCCACCCUCCGUGAUGGACUCCCCCAUCACCUCUGUGGAGUCCUUCCGUUUCCUGGGCACCACCAUCAACCAGGACCUCAAGUGGGAGCCGACCAUCAGCUCCCUCAUCAAGAAGGCCCAGCAGAGGAUGUACUUCCUGCGGCAGCUCAGGAAAGCCAAGCUGCCUGCACAGAUGUUGGUGCAGUUCUACACGGCCAUCAUCGAGUCCAUCCUCACCUCCUCCAUCACCGUGUGGUUCGCUGGAGCCACAGUCAGGGACAAACAGAGACUACAGCGCAUUGUGCGCUCUGCAGAGGAAGUGAUCGGCCGCAGCCUUCCAUCGCUGCAGGACCUGCUGCACCAGCGAGCCCUAUCCACGCAGCGGCAGAGCGAGAAAGCUCUGCCUUGUCUAGCGUGGUGGAGAGGGAAGCGGCGGUCCGAGGAGGCACCUGACCCGGGGAAGAGCACCGUGACGUUGACUACACGCAGCGGCAGGGUGAAUCCCUGCCGUGCCUGGGCGGAGCUGGACCGCAAGCAGGAGACGGUGCCUGACUCUCGAGGGACGCAGCGGCAGGGUGGAUCCCUGCCGUGUGUGUAA